GCCGCCGUUUACCCUGGCCAUUGACUGAGAAACCCAACGUUCCUACCUGCUCCCUCCGCAGGAAUGUGUUCCAGAGAGAGGAACACAUUGUCCUUUAAACCUUACAUAACAUGCCACCGGCUGCAAAGUUAUUUUGAUGCCGUACAUAAUGAAAUGUGGUACACUAACGAGCAUAAAGAGCAGUUUUAAUCAGUGUCUACUACCUGCUAUUGCAUGUGGUUUAGAAUCGUGGGAAUAAAAAAAUAUACGGAACAAAAACAAACGCUUAAAAGUAUUUGUUGGAUUUGAGAACAUGCUCAGGCCUAAUGCUGUAAUUCAAAUUGUUAAUAGUCGGCUUGGGCAGAAGUUGCUCCUAAAAGGAAUGAUGGCAGAUGGUCAUAAAGAGUGCAAAGUAGCAGCAAAAGGGAUGGGAUGUGUUCAAGAGGAUGCCCACUGAGGAGAUGGAGCAAUGAAAUCAGGUGAUUAAAAUAUAUAUACUGUAGUAAGAUCAUGCGUGAUGGACACAGAAUGGGGAGGCCUUUGUCCAGUAGUUGAUUGGCCUUGGCAGAUGAGGACCAAAUCACCUGAUUGUGCCUGAUCUCAUCAGAUCUCAAAAAGCUAAGCAGGGGGGUUCAACCUGUCGAGGUGUUUGGAUGGGCGACCACCUUGCAUAACAGGUGUUACAGGCCAUGGGCUUACUUUUGUUUGUGCAGCAACAUUUAGUGGUGCAGAAAGGUUCACCGUUGUACUUUCAUUCGGUGUGUUCCCACAUCUAUGCUUUCGAUCUACAUGAAUCUGCGUUGACCAGCGAGGUGAAGUAUGGUCAAAUAAUCCCUGCAACCACCACGUCGAGAAGAGGCAUUCGUCCAACAGUGGAUUUACAAUGUCCAGGACAUGAGGGAUCAUGGACCAUUGCCAUGGUCCAGAUUUACCAAAAAAAAGUCGUUCUGCAAUUACAUGUCAUACAAUGCCAUUGGAUGUUUUAUUUUAUAUACUGUCAUUAUUUAUGACAUAGUAAUUAUAACGCUGACCAGCAUUGUAAAGUGAAUAAACAAAAGGAAUCAUCCAGCAGUAGAGUGACUAAGCCAUAUCUACAACUGUGGCAUUACCGACACUUCUGUAAGGGUAAAAACAAAGUUGAUAUCACACCGACAAACAACAAAAUGACCUUUAUUUCCUGGCCCUAUAAAAGUCUGGGUUAAUAUAUUGCAAGGGGAAGUUGUGACAUCCCCUCUUUCGGGUGAUGCACAGAGAGUGUGGCUUAUAAAGGCACCUGGCUGCACUCCCCAGACUGGAGCGUGUCACCAGGACCUCAUGGCAUACACAGCCAGAACACACAAGAUACUGCAAAAAAAAAACGUCAGUUAGGUGUGACAUUUCAUUGAUUGAUAUUCUGCUCACACUGCUUAGCUCGCUACUCCCUCGCCCGUUGUUUCGGUAUCUCCGUCGAUUUGACCGAAGCGGCCGAUGGUGUUUUACCCUAAUAACCGCACAGCGUAACAACACCACCUACACAAUCUAAAAGCUCGUUCCGCACGCAUGACUCAGACGGGCCUCGAGUUUACAUCGUCACACUCCACGACGGAGCAGAUUUAUUCCUCAUUCUCAUUCUUACCACGCACAGCUCCAUCCAGUUCGCCUUCACGUGUCUAUCCAGCUUGAGAUAUCCACCCUGAACUCAAGAAGCUUGUUAACCCCCCUAACACAACGAAACCUUCAUUCGUCGCCGGGUUAAAGUUUGCGUAGUUACUCCCACCUCUUUCCAAGUCGUCUGUCUUGCCAGCGUGGAAUAGGAGGCGCAAAUACUCCCCUUUAACUCGCGGAAGCCCUUCUUCCACAAGCAGUGGUGUGAACAAACAAAAUCGCACGGCUGCACCGUGAAGUUUAAUUCGUGAUCACAGUGACGGCACACACACUAUACCGAUACAAAACCCGUGCAAGUAAGCACAGCCGUGUAUAGCCAUGGGUCUCGGCUUGGGGAAGGCGAUAAAGUCCGUGCUGGGCAAGGACUUUGACCUGGAAAUCUUCCGCCUGGAGCCACCGGGGGAGCGGACGAUGCCCCCUCAGCUGGCCUUCCUGCUGUCCCAACCUGCCGCGCCACGUGGACUGCAGGUCCAGCACGGCUUCAGCAGCACGGACCUCUCCCCGUCCAUGUCCCUCAAGGAGGGCGACGCGCUCACCGUGCACCGCAGGCCGAUGCGCGACACGACCGACGCGGCGCGCGGACGGACCGCCUACCGUCGCGGCGUGCACACUUGGGAGAUCACCUGGCCGACCGAGCAGAGGGGCACUCACGCCGCGGUCGGCGUUGCCACGUCGGACGCUCCCCUCGAGGCCACGGGCUACGUGGCCCUGGUCGGCCGGGGACGCGAGUCCUGGGGUUGGGACCUGGGGCGCUGCAAGGCGUACCACGGAGCCGUCGACUCUCCGGGCCGGCCCUACCCGGCUCACCUGCUGCCCUGCGAGAGCUUCCACGUGCCCGAGCGUCUGGUGAUGGCGUUGGACAUGGAGGAGGGCACGCUGAGCUUCGUGGUGGACGGGGAGUACCUGGGAGUGGCGUUUUCCGGGCUACGCGGCAAGACGCUCUAUCCGGCGGUGAGCGCCGUGUGGGGCAACUGCGAGAUCAAGAUGCGCUACAUCAAUGGGAUUGAGCCUGGGCCCUUACCACUGGAUGAGCUGUGCCGACGCUCGAUAAGAAAUUGUCUUGGAAAUGACCGUCUGGAAGAGAUCAAUGCUCUUCCCCUACCGACUCUCAUCAAGAGAUACCUGCACUACAAUUGAGUCACCUUGACUCGUACCUUGCCGUGCUCCUCUGCAUAUUUUGAGCAGAAAGUCCCAAGUUUAGGGGAUCAUCGCAUUUCAUGAAAGCUGCGGCAUCGUACCAGACCGUACCUUCGUAGCAUUACGUUUGUGCAGAAGUGCACAUCCAUAAAGAUCAGACUUUGGACAGAAACCUUGGACAGCUCCAUAAUAUUAUUGGUUCUUUCGGUAAAGGCACGUAGAAGGGAAACAAUAAAAUAAUAAAAAUAUAAAACAAUAAAAUUCUCACGACGCUUCGACUGCAACACAAGCAAUCAUCAUUGGGUGUGAAAACCACAGUAAUGUUCGACAAAGUUAACCAUUAUGCAUUAUCUUUACGCAUGAACUUUCCACGAUAUUGUCAGUGUUUUGGUGAAACAAGGCUAAGAAAAGUACCACAUUGUGAAGUGAAAUGCUGUAAAUGUUAUCUUGAAAAAUUAGUUAUUGUGCUGGCCACAAAACUCGACUUGCAUAGAGUGCUUGUAUUUAGUAUAUAGUGUAUUUUAUAUUUAUACCUGAAGCAGAAAGUUAUUUGUAUUAGAUUGGCGCCUUGGACACAGACGUUAAAUGUACUUAACGUGUAGUGGUCGCACAACGCUUUUUUGCUAAAACGUGGUUUUACCCAUUCGGGAGCACUUUUCACACGAUGUGGAACGCACACCGUUAGAACGUGGAACGUGCACCGACAUAACGUAGAACACACCCGUUAUUACGCAGAACGCAUCACGUUAUAAUGCGGAACACACCCGUUAAGACACGGAACGCUCGCCUUAACGCCGAACACGCCACAUCGUGAUGCGGUUUAAAACUAUUUUCUCGAGCUGCAUUGGUGAUCGGUACGAGAGAGUACGCGGAGUGAUAGGGUAAAGCGGUGGCGAACUCUCACUUCUUUGUUCCACCAUCUCACUGUGUGUGUGUACAUCGUAUCUCACCAAACGUUAUCGUUACAUUAUUUGUGAGAAAAAUAAUUCGCUUAACGUGGCACUUGUAAGGAAUGCAUCUACCGCAUUAAACGAGGGCUUACUCUAAGCCUUCACACUGGUCAAAUCCUUUCAUACAAUGUCUCAAAAUUGGCUUCAUCUCUCCGAUGCUCACAUCUGGUGACCCCAAUUAAACCUGACAUCUAUUGGCCAAUUUCUCUUCUUCCAGUGGCGAGUAAAAUACUGAAGAAGAUUGCAGAGAAGGGAUAUUUUGACUCCUCUGAUCUCCAGCAAGUAUCUGACAACCAGUUCGAGUUUCAUAAGUUUCACUUUACACAUUUCUGCAGGGAGUCAAUCAGUGCGGGUCAGGUAGCAGGUGCUGUCACUGUGGACCUCAUUCUAUUCUGCGAGGCACACUUCAAAAGUUUGUUUCAAUUCAGCUUUCAGUCGGUACAUUUGAUACAUUAGCACUUGUUUUGAAAAAAAAUCCGUGUGGUCACGUCUGACCAAUUUCUUCCUGGGUAUGGCUCAGUGAUUGGUUCUCUGGCAAUUAUUGCUGUAUUGCACAGCUGUUCGGGCACAAUGUGUGGUGAAGACAUCACCAUCUAUGCGAGUAUAUCCAUCAAGGCCGUAGCCAUGGAGUCAACAUUGGGGGGGGGGCAAAUGUUCCAGGGGGUCUGGGGGUCCCAACCCAGAAAAGAUAUAAAUUUAAA